AGAUCCCCGGUCUGCUGUUAUAUUUGCUUGAGUGUGUUCGAAUUUAUGCAGCGCUGCGCAGAUCGAUCGUUGUAUGACAUCAAAAUAAUGCUGCGCCUAAAACUGUAGCACGUGAUUUUCAGUAAUGUACAGCCCGGAACUCUCUUCAACGUGUUUGUGAGGUUGUUGCCAGUUGUGAAUGAUGAUUUUCAGCCAGUAUGAGGACUACAUUUACAGGACUUCUUUUGCACACGUUUCUCUACUUUACAGUGAUCUCUGCAAUCCCUGCUCCAGAUAACUUCACAAUAUUGUCGGUCAACUUCAAACACAUUCUAAAAUGGACCCCUGGAAUUAAUUCUUCUCCACAGACUGUUUUCAAUAUAGAGCAGAGGUGCAGUUCUAAAAAACAGCAAAUAGUCCUGCUAUCAAAAAUAAGAAAUACAACAGUAGAUGUCUCAAAAUCAUUAGAAGACAUCUACGAAUCAUGUAUUUUCAUUAUCUGGGCAUCACUUGACAACAUGAAUUCAUCAAGAGUUAAAAAAUGGAUUACACCAUAUGAAGACACGGUUAUAGGUCCACCCUUGGUAGUUCUGUCUAGUUGUGGAGACUGUCUGAAAAUCAACAUCUCACUACCCAGAGGAGCAGGAAAAGAAAAUCAGCUUGAUCAGUUUUAUAAUUCUGUGUCAUUCAAUAUAAGUUGGAAGAAGGCAGAAGAGAAGAAGGCAAAACAUGUCACAUCAGAUGGAGAUUAUGUUCUACAGAAUCUACAGUCUGGUGAAAAGUACUGUGUUAGAGUAGUUCCUAUAAUAAAUUCCAAUCGCAACACUCAGUCCUCAGAUUGGCAGUGUGAAUACACUAGCAGAGAAGCACAAAGAGAAGUGUUAUACUUGGUGAGUUGGUCAUUGGGAGCUGUUUCGUUUGGAUUAGGUGUGCUGGUGCUAGCAGGCAUUCUGUUUUACAUUGGAUGUCUGUAUAAGCUCAAGACACUUCCUGAAGCACUGAGUAAUAUAGUUCAAACAUACUACUUGACCCCUGAAAAGACAAUGACUGAGAGUGUAUUACUGACUGAUGCUCAGCUGAAAAUUUUAAAAUGUUAUCCUACCAAAAACAGUCCUUUACUGAAUCUUGAUCAUGGGCCACCUAAAGAGCAACAUGAAGAUGAUGAUAACGUUGGUCAAAAGGAAGACACAGAUGAUGAUGAAGAAGAAAACAAAGAAGAUGAGGAAGACAAUUGCACGUACAUGGAUCGCAUAAUUAACCACAGUAGUCUUAGAACUACUGAAAUUGGAGAGAACUGUAUAGUUUCAUCUCUGCCCCUGCUAUACAGUUCUGGUAUCUGCUAUACAGGGAAUAAAAUACCAUUGCAUUUCAGUGUAACUAGACUGUCCCAACAUAUCCAAAGUGAUGAAGAUGAGUAUAAGGAGGAAGUGGUGGCAGGAGUGUCCAGGGAAAAUCAGAACCUUCCUAAAUUAAGACUUGAGCCAGAGGGAAGUGCAGAUGCUACAGGGGACAUCAACUUAUUAUCUGUCACUUUGAGAUCUUUUGGACCAGAGGAAGAUGGGAAAGAUUGGCAUAAGAAAGAGCUAUGCAAACUUCAAGAAGAAUUCUACACAAUCCCACCAUCUGUACAGACAGAAGAGAAAACAGAAGAUCCAAUAACAAAGGAAAGCCAAAUGCAUUUUUCUUUGUGUUCCUAUGAUUCAGACAUAAUAUCAGGAUAUAUAGCAACCUACACAGGAGGUAUGCAUAAACAAAAUAGUUGCACAACUGAGGAGACUGAUUAUUGUGAUACAGGCUAUAUAACACGGUAAAGACUCUUUUAUUUGUUUAUUUAAAGGAUAAAUAAUGUGGUUGAACAAGUUGGAAUGAAUCAUUAGUCUAGGGCAGGGCUAUUCAAAUCUUACCCUGGAGGGUAAUCAAACACACCUGAGCAAGCUAAUUAAGGUCUUCAUGAUCACUAGACAAUCACAGGUGGUUAGGUUUGAUUAGGGUUGGACCUAAACAAUGCAGUGCUCCUCCAGGGUAAGAUUUGAAUAGCCCUGGUCUAGGGGUUUUUUAGUUUCCCAAAGGACUGCAUGAGAAACUGGGUGUGGUGUGCAGGGCAGGGCAGCCGGGGCCUCCCUAAACGAUACAUCCCUGUAUGCUAGUCCAUCAAUCACGACUGACAAGGCCUUUGUCCUCUGACUGAAUUGUCACUGACCUCAAUUUAAAUCAAUCAAUGGCGCUAUUUCCCACUCGCUGAAUGUAAGAGAUAGGGUACGAUAAACAACAUGUGAAAACGAUUUGUUGGUUCAACUUUAUAAGUUACCUGGUUGCCUUAAAAUGUUAAGUUAUUCGACUUAAAAUAUUAAUUAACGCGAAAAAGACAAGUGUGUCUCUUUGUGUAAACUAAUAUUUUUAAGUCAAAUUAACUCAUUUUAAGGCAACCAUGUAACCUACUUUUUCAUGUGAACUUAUAAAUGUUUAUUUACAGUGUAGGUAAGUUUUUUUGUUUUUUUUUAAUUGUCCUGGGGUGUGACACACAUUAUACAAAUAUUACAUUCAAUAUUAAUAUUGCAAAUUAAAAUGUAUCAACCAAAUAUAUAAAUGAGAAAAGUGCAUUGGGCAUCAUUUUAUAACUGGAUGCACAUGAUUAUCUAUUUGUAACAUAUCUGGAUAAAAAUGAUAUCAUUGUAGAUCGUGAAUAAUGCUGGUCUUACAGUUACCCAUGGCAUAAAAUUUUAGAUGCAAUGUCGUAUGCUGUAUUUUUGUUUUCUGUUCAAAAAUGUGUGCCAACAAAACCAAAACUAUGAAUUGUGUUCAGAGACGAUUCACAGUGACUGCAUGUGCAAAUCACAUCUUUAUGGAAGGAUUUUCAACAAAAGUGUAUGACUUCCAUGCUGAAAAAUCCAGCAUUGUGGGUUCAGCAUAAGGUAUGAUUUGCAUGCUGGGACCACCAUGGGAUGCUGGUUUACUGUUCCCCAGCAUGGAAAGAAGGUUAGCUGGUCAUUAGCAUGAGAUGCUGGAUUGCUGGUCCUCAUUCCCAGCAUAGGAAGACUUUUGCCCUGUGUGUGUGUUUUUUUUUAGCUUGCUGGUGUUUUUGGGUCAGGUUGACUGGGGGUUUGGGGCGGCCAGGUAGCUUACUUUGUUAGGUUGAGCCAACAAAUCUUUUACAUUGCAUGGUCUCCAUUUUAAUCUAUAUUCAAAAAUUGUCAUGCUUUCGUUGUUUCUUGAUUUUUAUUUACUUUUCUUUGUUUCUAUUUCAUGUUAAGCUGCUUUGUAACUGUGAACAAUUGUGAAAAGCGCUAUAUAAAUAUAUUUGAAUUGAAUUAAAUUAGCUUGUACCAAC